GUCUCAUAUCUGGAAGCUACGAACUCUCCAAUGGAGCGAAGUAAUGCGAGAUGGGAGUGGUUCCGUUAUGAGGUCACGGCGAGGGAGCCGUACGCGUACGCGCUCAGCAGCGAGCGCAAGCGGUAGACACGAGACGGACGCGAUAGCUGGAAACAUUUAUUCACACAGCUGAAUGAAUCUCAGUUGGCAACAGAAAAAUAACAGGACCGCGUUUCCUUCGACAGGGAACUAUUGAGAAAAAUCAGGCGUUGGCUUUAUAUGCGCAGGAAAGGCUUGCAUACGAAAGACUCCAAGGAAGAAACGCGCGAGGAAAGUUUUGCUACGCGAAAACAAACUGGACGGAGCAGUGCAGAAAUCGUGACGCAUAAGCCAUGCACUGGUUGUACAGCGUGGGAUAGUUCUUCUGGUGUCGUUCGUUUGAAGGGGAUGUCUUUUUGGUGGCUUUCAUCAACAAAAGUUUGACGCCAGGAACGCUGUAUUAUUCUGUUCGACAAGAAAACGCGAAACAUUUCUCGCGCUCGUCCAGAGUCGCUGUCUUCAUCUGUUAUUUGUUGGUUUGGCUGGAGGAUCCGUUCCUCGUCAUUGUAGUUUGGGGGACAGGGGGUGGUUUGGAUAUCUAUAUUUUUUCACUUUUCCUUCAUGGCCUCCUCCAGGAUGUAUCUUCUUAUGAAAUGCAUGCUGGUUUCCCAACUUGUGGUGCUGAUCGCGAAGAACAGUCGGGCGCUCAUCUGUUUGCCCUGUGAUAAGUCCAAAUGCGAGGAGCCCAAGCACUGUACGGGUACCGUGGUGUUGGGGAUCUGCGGCUGCUGCUCGGUUUGUGCCAAGCAGAAGAACGAGAGCUGCGGCGGAGUUUACGGUCUGUACGGGACCUGCGACCGCGGACUCCGGUGCGUGAUCAGACCCCCGUUAAACGGCGGCUCCAUCACGCAGUACGAGGUUGGAGUUUGUGAAGAUGAAAACUGGGAUGACGACCAGCUCUUGGGCUUUGAGCCAUGCAAUGAAAACCUGGUUACGGGCUGUAACAUCAUUGAUGGGAAGUGUGAAUGUGACAGUGUACGAACAUGCAACAACCCAUUUGAGUUCGCCAGCCAGGAAGCCUGUCAGACAGCCCUGCAGAAGAUUGAAGAGGAAAGGCCGGACUGCUCCAAGGCGAGAUGUGAGGUACAGUUUUCGCCACGCUGCCCUGAGGACUCUAUAUUGAUCGAGGGCUAUGCUCCUCCAGGUGAAUGUUGCCCCCUGCCCAGCCGCUGCGUGUGUAGCCCAGCCGGGUGUCUGAGGAAAGUAUGCCAGCCCGGGCACCUAAACAUCCUUGUAUCCAAGAGCUCAGGCAAACCUGGCGAGUGUUGUGAUCUCUACGAAUGCAAACCAGUGUUCAGUGUAGACUGCAGCACAGUAGAGUGUCCACCGGUGAAGCCCGUCCAGUGUCCGGCGGACAGCUAUGAGACUCAGGUCAGACUGACAGCAGAUGGCUGCUGCACCCUUCCUACCAGAUGUGAGUGUUUGCCCGGCCUAUGUUCCGUCCCACAGUGCUCAGCAGGGACUUCCUCACAGGUCGUGUCCCGUGGUGAUGGAACACCUGGAAGGUGCUGCGAUGUGUUUGAGUGCGUCAACGAGACAAAGCUGGCCUGCACUUUCAACGGAGUGGAGUACCAUGACGGGGACAUGUUCAGGAUGGACGCCUGCCGCUUCUGCCGCUGUCGGGGUGGGGUGUCCGUGUGCUUUACAGCCCAGUGCGGCGUCCUCCACUGCGAACGCUACUACGUCCCUGAUGGAGAGUGCUGUCCUGUCUGUGAAGACCCUAUCUACCCAAUGCUCAAUUUAGCCGGCUGUUAUGUGAAUGGGCAGAUCCUGGCACACGGAGACCAUUGGCGUGAAGAUGACUGUACCUUCUGCCAGUGUGUGAGUGGAGAGGCCCGCUGUGUGGCAGCGGCCUGCGGCCACAGCUGUCUCAAUCCCGUCACUGUGCCCGGAGAGUGCUGCCCUGUGUGUGAGGAGCCCACCUACAUCACGAUGGCGCCCCCUGCCUGCGGCUCACUGGACAACUGCACGUUGGUGGAAAAGAGCUGCCUGUACGGCUUUCGCCUGGACUCCAACGGCUGCAGGACGUGCAGCUGCAAGACACAAGAAGAGUUGUGCAGUGGUCUAAUUGCCAGCUGCACUCUGAAAUGCCCUUUUGGCUUCCAGACUGACAUCCACGGCUGUGAUGUUUGCCAGUGUCGCCCACGUCACAAGAAGUGCAAAGCUGUGGCCUGUGCCAAGGACUGCCCAUUCGGCUAUAUUAAGAACAAGCAUGGCUGUGACACCUGCCGUUGUAGGAAAUGCCCUGAACUGCCAUGUGACAGGUCCUGUCCAAUGGGCUUCCAGCAUGAUGAGUUGGGCUGUCUGAUUUGCCAGUGUAAAGAUCAGAGCUCAUCGUCCGUGGCUCCAGCAGUGAAAUUGGGCUCCUGCCUGUCUAUGGACGGCCGCAGACACGAGAACGGGCAGAGCUGGCAUGACGGAUGCAGGGACUGUUACUGCCAUGCCGGGAGAGAAAUGUGUGCCCUUAUUUCUUGCCCGGUUCCCCCCUGUGAUAACCCCACCAUCCGACCCGGCCACUGCUGCCCUACCUGUCCAGAAGAGUCCAGUUCCCAUAAACCGGAGCUGAGUGAGGCGUCCGUGUGUUUGGCUCCGGGUGGAGAGUACUUUGUGGAGGGAGAGACGUGGAACAUUGACUCCUGCACUCAGUGCACCUGCCACAGCGGCCGUGUGCUCUGUGAGACGGAGGUGUGCCCGCCCCUGCUCUGCCACAGUCCAAUCAGAACGCAGGAUUCCUGCUGCCCUCACUGUCCAGAUGAUCCAGUCACCCCUCAGGCGCCCAGUAACGAGAGCAUGCCCAGCUACUGCAGGAAUGAGGAUGGUGAUAUCUUCUUGGCUGCUGAGUCCUGGAAGCCCAAUGUCUGCUCCAGCUGUGUGUGUCUAGAUGGAGCCAUCAGCUGCUUCUCUGAGUCCUGCCCACCGGUCACCUGCGUCCGGCCCAUGCUCAGGAAGGGCCAGUGCUGCCCAUACUGUCUAGAUGCCACGCCGAGGGCCGUGUGUCAUUUCAAUGGGAAGACUUACAUGGACGAGGAGCGAUGGGACAUUGACAGCUGCACUCACUGCUACUGCCUACAAGGCCAGACCCUCUGCUCGACUGUCAGCUGUCCCAUCUUACCCUGCCAUCAGCCGGUCACCGUGGAGGGCAGCUGCUGCCCCAUGUGUCCAGAGAGUUAUGCUCCCACAAACGUGCCCAUCGAGAAGACGGACCAACGAGGAGACAAGCUGAGACAUCAACCAGCCUGGCCGACUCAUAGCGAAAACGAUAUUAUGCCACAGUUCAGAGGUGACUUCGGAAGUCUGCAGUUGCCUUACCUAGACGGCAAAGCACCACUACCCAGUGAGGAUGCUGGUCUGCACUGGGCCUGGGUGGCACUGCCCAUCCUCAUGAUGAUGCUCACUAUCGCCGCCCUGCUGUUGGUCAACCAGCAUAAGCAGUGGAUCCCUGUGCCUUGCUACCACACUCCCAAUAAGCCCACAUGCCUCAAUAACCAGCUGGUGUAUGUGGACUGCCAGAAGGGGACGAAGGUCCAGGUGGACAGCUCCCAACGCAUGCUCCGCAUCGCAGACCCUGACUCAAGAUACAGCGGUUACUACAGCAUGCAGAAACACAACAACCUGCAAGCUGACAACUUCUACCAGACCGCGUGAGACACUGGAGAGAGAGACAGAGUGAGUGAACUGGAAAGAGAGAGACUGAGCCCGUGUUCAACUGCCAAACCUUUGCGGCACAUGGACACCUACUAAAAAAUUGUAGAGACGGACAAAACCACCAAACCAUGUGGUCAGAGAAGAGACCCUGAUACCGAACAACAAUUAUAAUAUUCACAUAAGUCACUCGGAACAAAUCGAAAAAAUAUAUCACACGUCGACACCCGAAAGUCUCAGCAGGAGAUGGAAGCCGUACCUAUGUAACCGAACCAUUACGGAGUGUGAUUGUUAAAUUGGAGAGGACUCUUCCAGAAUAUUUUUGUGAAUCAGAGGUAUGGUAGGUUGAGCAUCUUUUGUGUGUAAGCAUGAGAUUUCGUGGAUGUUCAGGCACAAGUUGAAGAUAGUCGUGAAGUCAAAUGCAAGUUUUUUGGGAGUAGUACAACUGGGGUGUUGUUUUGGUUUGUUUUCAACAAUAUUUUUUUCCUGCAUUCCUAACUUUUUUCUGUUGGAAAAGAGAGAAAUUAUUUUAGGAGUGAUAACUUUUGACACAAGUGCUUGUGUGAACACUUAAUGCUGAACCAAAGCUCCUCUGUCUAUGAAAACCAGACCAGGCGAGAGGCCACGAAAGGGACGUUCACUUCCCUGAGACGGAGGAGAAGCUGGACUCUGUAUAAAGCACAGCAGAGAGAAGGGUAGAGGGAAAAAAGAGGGAAAAUCAGAUGUUGUUUUUGCAACAGAUGCAUUUUUGUAGAAGAUGCUACUGUAAGAUUGUGAUUUCCCCAGUUGCUGUGGGUGAGUUUGUCCUUUUUUGUUUUGUUUGUUCUCUUUAAAAGACAAAAGGAGGAAAACAGAGUAAGCUGCCCUGUGGAUAUGAGCUCUUCCUGUUAAUGGAUGUGUGGGGUCUAUAUGUUGUAUUUCUGCUUACAUGUACAAGCAUUUUCCCAUUUAAUCAUACAAACACCAUUUGCUUUUUCUCCCACAACUAAGGGCAGAUUGACACUCCUAGCAAAUCUAUAUUUUCCUGAAAUGAAUCAGAAGAUUGUAAAAUGAGAAGCAGGAACAUAGUGAUAGUGGAUUGGAUUUGAGGCUAUGCUUUACAAGUGCUGCUUUUUUUGCUUUGAUUCUUUUAAACCUCAUUUUGUAGGGAUGAAAACCAGUAUUGUUUGCGUCUUUAAGAAACGUUUACCAAGAAAACAGAAUCAAAGGGCCUUAUUGCUGAAAUCCGAGCAGAAUGGAUUUUUGUGUAAAUCGCUCCAAAAAAAAAAAAAAUGAUUCCCAUGUUUAAAAAAUGUUGUAAUG